UGGCUAGAUUCUUUUUGAUUGGUUGAGGAGAUUGAAUGACCUAAAUAAAAAAAUGUCAGUAAAAUCUUCGAAAUUCUAACCUCAAAAAUGCAAAUAUUUCUGUCUUUGGAUAUUUUGUUUCUCUAAACUAAAAAUAACGUGUGGUGUUCUAGUAAGAUAUAAAUAGAACUCAAAAAGAUGAGCCAACGUUCAUUCACAGUCAAAUAUUUAACCUCGAAAGACUGUUUUGUGUAUAUUUCCAGUGCUUGCAGAAUUUUUGCCACAGGAACUUGUAUACAAUUAACACAUAAUGGAAAUCAAACGGGCUACUUUUCUGUGAAAUCUUCUAAUGCAGUCUCUGAAGAGUUUGAUAUUGGAAUCAGCGGUCUCUAUGCCAAAUGUCUGGGGAUAAAAGAAAAUACGUCUGUUUUAGCCUCUGAAGUUCAGAUUCCCGCUAUAAAAACUGUUAAAGUCAUACCAACAAGUAAAAGUGACUAUGAGAUUUUGGUAAGGUUUUUCAAUUUUUAAUCUAACUUUAUGUAACAACAUUUUGUAUUUAGGAAGGAUUUUCUGAUGUUGUACAAAAUAUUCUUCUAAGUCAGAUACAAGUACUGUAUACUGGGCAGUGUUUUAUAGUAUGGAUUGGAAAUAACUUACAUGUAACUGUUUAUGUUGGCGAUAUUGCACCCGUAUCUCCUGGUACAAUAGGCUUCCUAACUGAAGUAGACAUUGAUCCUGACUCCAACAAUAUAACAAAACCUAAGGCAGAUAUCCAGAAAAUGGAGAAAUCAAAAAAAAUAUCAUCAGAUUUAUCUAAACUCAGAAAAAUGUUAGGCUGCUAUGAAAUUGAAUGUGAUGAAAUGUUAGGAAAGUUUUUAUCCUACAAGUAUGACCUAGUUUGUAGAAUGGUUCAAACUAGUAGGUUACCAUUCUUAGAAAAAAUACAAGAUCAUUGUCAUGCUUUUAAUGUAUUCUUCUCUAAAAGUUAUGUACCAAAGGAGUGGGCAGAAAACUCCGUAUCAAAACCAUUAGUCUGUCAUUUAAAACUAUUAUCUAAUGAACCUACUAGUCAAAAGUCUUUCUAUGUGAAGUUACUAUUCUUAGAAGAUAUUUACCCUGAGUUAAAUUUAGACAUAGGCAAACAUCUCUUUGUACAUGAUAAUAUUUUUCACCACCUAAAGAGCAAAUUAGGAGCUAGAGUAGUGCUGAAAACUGUCCAAGAGUCAUACCAAAUAAAUAAAAUAGAAAUUUUGACCAAAAGGAUGAAUUUGUCAAAAGUUGUAGAGAAGUUUAAAGAACACCUUGCUAAAUAUAGUGAUAGUGUAAUAGUUUUGAAUAAAGGCAUGAUUUUUGAGAUUGAAAAAGAUAUAGCAGUCAGCCUAAACUUUGAUCCACCAGAUUCAGGGUUUUGUUUGAUAGAUAAUAAUUUUGUAAGACAAUGUAAAUAUGACUCACAAGAAGAUUAUAUAAAAAUUGAAUCUGAGAAGGAAGAGCCUGUUCACCAUAUAAUUGAAGAUGUAGGAAAUUUUGACACUAUUGUACAAAGUGCUAUGGAUAUCUUUUCUGGGGCAGAUGCAUUUGGAAACGUUCUGAUCAUUGGGCAACAAGGGACCGGGAAAUCGUCCUUACUAAGAGCUAUACAGCAUAAAGUACAACAGUAUCCAAAAUACAUGCACAUAAAGAUGAUAAAAUGCAAGAGUAUCAAAGGCAAAACAAUGGAUUCACUAGAAAGAUUAUUUCAAAAUAUUUUCCAUGAAUUAGUAUUGCAUCAACCUUCAUUGUUAGUUAUAGAUGACUUGCAUGUUAUGUGUGAAAAUAUCAAGGAUGAUGAGUCUGCUCCAAAUGCUAUAUACUUCAAUAGGAUAAGUGAGAUGUUCCAUAAUUUCUUGAAGCCAUAUAUUACAAAGCAUGUUAUAGGAAUAUGUGCUACAUCUGAAUCAUUGGAAAAAUUGAAUAAAAAUAUGUAUUCAUCUAGAGGUAGUCAUGUAUUCAAAAAUGUUUUCACAAUAAGUGAAUUGGACAAGCAAGACAGACAAACUAUUAUGAAACACUUACUUCAAAAUUAUAAAAUAGUUGAUAUUGAGUUUGACGAGCUAUCUGUGAAAACAGAUGGGUUUGUGUUCCAAGAUAUGGUCAACUUCUGUGAAAAGGUCAUUUAUGAAGGACUGAAGCAUAGUGAAGACGAUGAACGAGUAGAGAUAACAAUGGAAAAUUGUGAAAAAGCAUUGGAAAAUACAUGUAUUUUAUCAUUGGAGAAUGUAAACUUGCAUUCCCCUGGUGACAGAGAUUUUUCACAUAUUGGUGGACUUCAUGAUGUCAAACAGAUACUUGUAGAAACCCUUCUAUGGCCUGUCAAGUAUCCACAGAUAUUUGCUGACGCGCCUCUUCGCCUUCAAUCCGGUUUGUUAUUAUACGGUCCUCCAGGUACUGGGAAAACUAUGUUAGCAGGAGCUGCUGCCAAGCAGUGCCGAUUGCGGAUAGUGACUGUGAAGGGGCCAGAGCUGCUUUCUAAAUACAUUGGGGCUAGUGAACAGGCGGUUAGAGAUGUAUUUCAGAAGGCUCAACGUGCAAAACCAUGCAUUCUAUUUUUCGAUGAGUUUGAUAGUUUGGCUCCUAGACGUGGCCAUGACAAUACAGGAGUAACAGAUAGGGUGGUGAACCAAUUUUUGACACAGCUGGACGGUAUUGAGUCGCUUGUAGGUGUUUGUGUUCUAGCAGCGACCUCUAGACCUGAUUUGUUAGAUCCUGCUCUAUUGAGACCUGGGAGGUUGGACAGACAAAUCUUGUGCCCCUUACCCAACAAAGCGGAACGCUUAGAAAUUUUGAAGGUGAUCUCAAAAAAUCUGGACCUAGCUGCAGACGUUGAUUUGGAAGAAAUCGCCAAGUCCACAGAGCAUUUUUCUGGGGCAGACUUGCAGUCUCUGAUGUAUACAGCUCAAAUGUUUACAGUUGAUGUCGUCGACGGCAAUGAGGCGGUAUCAAAUCCUAACAUGUUGUUUAUCACUCAAGAGUAUUUGAGAAUGGCGUUAAAGAGAACGAGACCGUCUUUACCUAGCCAUGAACGGUUAAAAUACGAUAGAAUAUACGAGAAGUUUCAUAAAGGAGCGGCUGUUCAAGAUUUUGAAGCUGGCAAAAAAGCUACAUUAGCUUAAUCAAUCUUAAACAGGAAAUGGUGCUGCCAGAAUAUACCUCAGGGGCAAGGAAUUGUGCUUUAUAACUGUGUUAAUGUUCUGUGCCUUCCUAAUCGAAGCAGUCUAUGUAUUGUUGAAGUUAAUCUAUAGAUUAUAAUUUGAAAAUUGUAUCUAAAUGACAAUGCAUUUUGUGCGAAAUUUGGUAGGCAUGAAGGAGUUACCAGUGAGUAUGUAUAUAAUAUUUGAUUGUGUAGAUGGAGGACAGGUUUCGCAUUUGCUAAUAGUGCCUAAAAUUCAAGGAUGUAAAGAACAGGUUGUGUAACUUUCUUGGUGGUCGAAAGUUACGCCAAUAUUUCUGUUGUCCACGCGCACCGAGUGGACACAACCAUACCUUUACUUCUUUGCUUAAUACCGGCUGUGUUCAUUAGGGUUUUUUUGGGUUUGGUUUUAAUUAUUGAUAUUGAUAUAUAGUCUAUACGAAUUUUAUUUAUUGUAGAAAGUGUUACAUUAUCCCCUAAAAUGUAUUUUUAUGGGACCUAGACCUAUUUUUCCCUUGUGUACUUACCGACUAUUUUGAGGAAUUAAUACCACGCUCGGGUGCCGGUUCUACAUGGUGUCCCAGACUAAUAUGUCAACCUCUCAGAUGCACAAAAAAUACAAAAAGUAAAAAAGCUCCUAAAUGAGCUCAAUUAUAAUUUAUGGCCUCACGACGAUUUUGAUCUUUUUGAUGCCAUAUGACUUUGAUGUGGCGAGAUGUGUCGAAGUUUUCUUUGGAAGUCGAUAUUUCUUAAGUGAUUGCAUUUCAAAGUUGUAAAUAUGAACCUACAUACCUGUCUUGAAAUGUUGCGUUUGAGGAUAUUUAUCGUUUUUUUCGGACACGUUAAUGCUUUUAACAUAGGGUAAACAUACCAGUUAUUGGACAGUUAAGCUUUUUUUGAAUUUCAAGUCGCUGCCACUGGAGUAUUUUUCAACGGAUAUCAUUCUGCUUAUGCCAGGUUUUCGUACAUGCAUCCUAUUUUAAGCUGACUGAUUUCAAAUAUUCCUAAUAUUACAGCUCUUUAAUAAAAAUUGAAAAAACCUGAAAAGGUUCCGAAAAGUUAGUUAUUGGACAAAAAAUUUAAUUAAUGGACACAAAACUUCCAGUUAUUGGACACUGGCAAGGUGAUGAUUAAAAGCAAAUAAAAAGUUGAAAUCAGUGUUAAAAAGCUUUUAUUGAACCUCAACUAUGAAUUAUUUAAAUUUUUUCAUUUCAGAUUGGUACAUAUGUUGAAAUCAGUGUUAAAAAGCUUUUAUUGAACCUCAACUAUGAAUUAUUUAAAUUUUUUCAUUUCAGAUUGGUACAUAUGAAAUAAUUCUUCGACGUCCAUGUCGUCAUAAUCUUCAAGAUCUUCUUCACUUCCCAUUUUAGGUUCCUUGCACAUUUUGCUGUCAGUUUUUAUUUGAUCGUCUGUUUCAAUUAUUUCUUCACUUUCUAUUUCUCCCGGGUUUCCAUAAACUUUGCUGUUAGUUUCAUCUUGCUCAUCCACUUUAUUACCUUCCCUACUUUCUACUUGUUUUGAUUCGACGGGCAAAUUGUAAUUUUGUUCCUGUGCAUUUAUUUCGUAAAUCUUCUUAUUGCCAAUUUCUUUUGGUUCUUGAUCUUUAUUGCUUUCUAUUUUUUCACGCUCCUCAUAGAUUUCGACGUUGGAUUCUUUUUGAUGAUCUGCUUCGAUAUCCUCUUCACUUUCAUUUUGUUUAAAUUUUUUACUCAAUCUGCAGUCGAUUUCUUUUUCGUUAUACGCUUCGCCGUCUUCUUCACCUUCUAUUUCUGAAAUAACAUCAUCAUCGCUUUCCUCAGUAUAACACAUAUGACACAUGAAUAGAUCCUCAUCACGUUCUUCAGGAAUAUGUUCGUUAUGUUUUUGCGGAAUACAUCGUUGGUCAAUUCUUUUCUUGCAGCUGUUACAUGUUAAGUAAUGAUUCUUUAUUGUACGAACUUUGCAUACAAAACAUGAAUUAUUAUCUUUGUCAUUACCUUGCGCACUCUUUUUUAAAGCUUUUGCUGCGACACUCUCUUCUCUUUUCCGUUUUCUCUCCAAUUUUUUAUUUUCUAAUUCUAACUUUAAGGCACGUUCUUUUUCAAAACUCUCUUGAUAGUCUUUUGAUGUUAUAGCAAAGGAAACUCUUUCGAUAUUACGUUUAUUCUUUCUUGUUGGUUUUUCUGGAACUACUAAGUAGUCACCUAUAUUUUUACUAGUAGAUGGCAAACUAUAGAUAGUGUCUUUGCCAGGUUUUAUGACUAUAUUUUGUGUUAUAUUAAUUUGUGGUUCUUUUGAAAGUUGUUUCUCAGAUGGAUUCAAUUCAGCAUCCAAAUUUAUUUUAUUUUCUGGCGCAGUUGAUGGUUGGCUCUCAGAUGGAUCUAACUCAGGUUCAGCCUCAGACGAGUUCAAUACCUGAUUAUCAAAUCUUGGCACGUCUCUCAUUUCUGGCAAGCAAUCUGACUUUUCAAAAUAACUCCAUAUUUGGUACAAACUCAAAAACUCUUCGGUAAUACCGUCUUCAAUCAAAAGAUUAUCGAAACAUUUUAAUUUCUUGAUUAAAUUUUCUCCAGUCAAACUGACAAAUGUUAUAUGGUCCAUGCGCGGGGGUAUCCUUUUUACCUAAAAAUGUGAUAAGGGGCAAUUAACUUAUAGGUAAAUAAGAACGGUUUUAUAAUUACUUCAGGAUGCUCUUUUUUGUUUCCCAAGCACUUCGUGUAAUCAACAGCAUCUGGGUUAAAAGGGAAUAAACCACACGCACGAAAUCCAUUAAUUAAAGUUUCCUUUUUGAUAUGUUUUGCCACUACUUUUUCCAAUAGAGGAGCAAAUGUUAUUUUAUUUAGAACUUCUCCAGGAUUUUGUUCGUAAAACUCUCGUACGGCCUUUUUCCAUCCCAUUUUUAUGGGCCUGAAUACUGCAACAUCACAUGGUUGAAGAAUUCUCGUUGCAUUCGGAUAUAAGGCUAUAGCUUCAAUGUUUAGUUCAUUGCAAAGUAUACUUAACUCAUAAGUUAAAUGAGACUUGUGACCAUCUAAAAAUAAUAAUACAGGGAAGUGUAUAUUAUUUUUCACCAAGCAUGGAUUAAAUACGUUUUUCACAUAAUCAUAGAACGUUUCCGCCGUCAUCCAGCCAUUAUCCGAUCUUCCAAUGCCCCAAUCAGGGUCUUUGACGGUCUGGCUUAUUUUUUCUGGAAUUCGCUUGUAACCAUAAAUUAUCAUAGGAGGACAAGUUAACCCCGAAGCAGAAAAUGAAAACAUGACAGUGAUGCUUUCCUUAGAUGAUCCCUUUUCCACAGAAUAAACAUCCUUCGCGCCUUUCCUAGCAAAAACUUUGCAAGUUUUUGGGCAAAUCUGAAAUUCGGAUUCGUCGCCAUUGUAAAUUCUUGAAGGGUCAUCAAUAACAAUAUUUUUCGAGAUAAGAUAACUAUUUAUAUCUUUGAACCAUUUCCGAAUGUCUGCUUCCGAAACACAAGCGCUGGCUUCACUUACUGCUUCACUUGUUCGCUGCACAAGGGCUGGAUGUCUUUUUAGGAAAGCCUAGAACAUAAAGUGCUAUUUUAGUCACCUCUAUUUUCCAAAUGCACUUUGAUGCCUCAUUACCUUGAACUAACUCUCACCGGGUCUGUUGCUUAUAAAGGGAUUAGGCCGUGGAUUUUCAGUCAAAAAUUUGUGAACGCUAUUUAAAAUGUCGUCUCGUUUCCUAGGGAAUCCUUUUGUUGCCAGCUCUUCUAUCCACCUGCAAAAAUAAAAACAGUUAUCAAACAGUUCAAUAUCUCACCUAACAUCUCUUGCUGACAGGAUUGGAUUUGGACCGCAUGUGUCUUUAUGACCAGGAUUUUUUAUUUUAAAUUCGAGCGUUGAUUUAGAUACACCGUAUUUGUUUGCCGCAUUUCUAUAUGACAUGUUGUUAUUCUUGACGUCAUUUAUCGCGGCUUCCAUCGAUUCCGCAUCAUAUUCAUUUUUCUUGGGCAUUGUUUUAGGCACAUAAAAAACUGUAAAUAAACGUUUCAGUUAUAAGACAGAUUGUAAACCAGUUAUUGGACAGGCGUCCAAUAACUGGCUAUACUGUAAAUAUUGACACCAAACUCGAAGUGCCGGAAACAGAGAAGCCGCACAAAUGUUUCUCACAAAAACUGUAUACACCUCGGUAUACACAUUCCAAAAUGCAGUUAUUGGACGGGUGUCCAACAACUGAAAGUAAUCAUAUUUUUCGUCAGUUAUUGGACACCCCUAUAACACAUAACCUAGACUAUAUUGAUUUAAACCUUAAAAAUGUUUACUUACACUGCACCGCUACCUUGUAUAUUUACUCUGAGCACUACGGUAAAAUUUCACCACUAAUUAUAGUACUCGAAUUCACCUAAAAUUUCUUACGAUAGGCGUAAUAAAACCGUCUGUUUGGUGCAUAACCAAAGAAUCUCACCUUUGGCGCCAAAACAGAAACGUCAAUCAAAUGUCAUUUAUGUCAGUAUUGAUACUAAUAGUACAAUGGUGACAUCUCAACAAAACUUGGCUCACUGAUGAAUACAGAAUUCUUGUUUUCGCUUGAAAUAAUUGGGAUGUCCAAUAGCUCCCAGUGUCCAAUAACUGGUAUGUUUACCCUAUAAAUUAUAGGUUAUAUUUUAACACAAAAGGGGGUAAUUGGUAUAAUGUGUAAAACUGAAAUCUUUUAAUAUGGAUAAUAAAGUAUAGGAAAACUUUGGUUUCUUAUAGUUCACAUUAAGUACAAAACCUCGUGUAUAUAGCUUUAUCUAAAUUAUCAUGCCCUUGAUGUACUCUAUUGCUUUUUAAAAGCCCAAAAUAAUUGAGUAUUGGUUUAACUUUUGUUUGAAAUGUGAGUGCAGUGUAGCAAUACUUCUAUUUUUGUGAUAAUUUGUAAUCUUGGGCUUUAACUCCCAUAGUGAAACACCUUAAUCCAUUUAUGAUUAACUUUAUUCUGAUCAAUCUUUGUGGCUAGGUACUGCAGCAUUCCCGGAGAUCUAUAUUACCUGCAAUAUCUAAAAUUUGUUAUCAGUUGCUAAUAACAAUAUUCAUACAGUGUGUUUGUAAAAUGCUAUAAUGUUUUGUGCCCCCUCGUAUGUCUUAUCAUAUAUUUGAAAGUACUAAAACAAAAAUAAAAAUGUCGAUGAAAGUCCACAAUACGAGGGUGGUCCCAGAAGUACCCGGCCUGACCUAGAGAUGGCGAUAGUUGUUUGAAAAAUAUCAUUGUAUUAGAAAGUAUGCAGCCUAUAAAGCAUAUGUGUUAAGUUUGAAGACGCCACGCUAUUUAGUAUUUCUUUGGCAGCCAUCAAGACUGAACGUUUUCAGUAAAUUUGUGAAAAUGGAGAAAAUUGGUCAUCGUUAUGUGGUACAAUACUUUUAUUUCAAAGACCUCAGCUCAACCAAUAUAAAAGCUGAACUGGAUUCUACACUGGGUAAGUCUGCUCCUUCGUUUACAACAGUAAAAUAUUGGGUAGCAGAGUUUAAACGAGGCCGUAUGAGCUGCCAAGACGAGCUUCGCAGUGGUUGACCAACUGAGGUGACGACUCCAGAAAUGGUGAAGAAAACUCACAAAGCGGUACUGAAUGAUCGUCGACUGAAAGUGCGAGAGCUAUCAGUCAUAGUAGGCAUUUCAAAAAGUGCGGUUCAUCGCAGAUUUUCUGAAAAUUUGGACAUGAGAAAGCUGUCUGCAAGAUGGGGGCCGCAAUUGCUCACAAUCGAGCAAAAACAGUGUCGUGAAGAUGUUUCAAUUGAGUGUUUAGCGAAGUUUCACAGCAACAAAGCAGAAUUUUUGCGUCGUUUCAUAACCAUGGAUGAAACAUGGGUCCAUCACUUCACACCCGAGACAAAAGAACAAUCAAAACAAUGGACUCAAAAGGGACAACCGGCUCCAAAGAAGGCGAAUACCGUUUCAUCUGGAGUCAAGGUUAUGGCGUCGGUUUUUUGAGAUGCGUGUGGGAUAAUUUUCAUUGAGUAUCUUGAAAAAGGUAAAACUAUCAACGGCGAGUAUUAUGCGAACUUAUUGCAACGACUGCAUUUGGUUAAGAAGAAAGUGUUGUUUCAUCAAGACAAUGCACCAGCUCACAAAUCCGUUAUUGCAAUGGCCAAAAUUAACGAAUUGCUACCUCAUGCAUCCUACUCACCAGAUUUAGCCCCCUUGGAUUAUUUUCUGUUUCCAAUCUUGAAAAAAUGGCUCAGUGGUCAAAGAUUUUCCAACGAUGAAGAAGUGAUGUCGGCAGUUAGUGGAUAUUUUGAGGAGCAAGACAGUUCUUAUUAUAAAAAGGGUAUCAAAAUUAUUGAACAUUGCUGGGAAAAUUUUAUAGAGCUCAAAGGAGAUUAUGUUGAAAAAUAAAUACAUUUUUUU